AUGCUCGCUCGCUCCUUCGCUCAGUCUGGCGCACGCGCUGCCAGGAGCCUCGCGCUCCGAAGCGGUUCCGUCCGCAUGGUCACCCCUGCCGUGGCACGACGAACGAUUCUCACCUCGGCUGCGCACAAGUCGUUCGCCAUUGGUGCCCACACCACUCUCUCUGCUCAGAGGAACUUCUCGACCUCCACGAGCCGCAAGGAGAUCGUCAAGGUGCCCCAGAUGGCCGAGUCCAUCACGGAGGGUACCUUGAAGCAGUGGAACAAGAAGGUCGGCGACUUUGUGCAGGCUGAUGAGGAGGUGGCUACCAUCGAAACGGACAAGAUCGACGUCUCGGUCAACGCUCCUCAAUCCGGUACCAUUGUCGAGGUGUUCGCCCAGGAGGAGGACACCGUCGAGGUGGGCAAGGACCUCUUCAAGCUCGAGCCUGGUGAGGCUCCCUCUGGAGGCGCCAGCUCUGGCGGCGACAAGAAGGAAGAGAAGAAGGACGACAAGAAGGAGGAAAAGAAGGAUGACAAGCCCCAGAAGGAGGAGAAGAAGGAUGACAAGCCCAAGCAGGACGAGUCGAAGCAGUCGAAGCAGCCCGAGAAGAAGACGGACGACAAGAAGCCCGCACCCUCGGCUGAUCCUUCGUCGCGUCCCUCGGCUCCUUCCUCCAAGUCUUCGUCCUCCUCCUCCUCCUCAUCGUCUUCGCCUUCCAAGUCGUCGUCUUCGUCGUCUUCUUCCUCCUCCUCUUCUUCCUCUUCCGGCUCGAAACCUAGCGCUGGCAGCCGAGAGGAGAACCGCGUCAAGAUGUCGCGCAUGCGUCUGAGGAUCGCCGAGCGAUUGAAGCAAUCGCAAAACACGGCCGCUUCGCUCACGACGUUCAACGAGAUCGACAUGUCGAACCUGAUGGCGUUCCGCGCACGACACAAGGACCGCAUCCUCAAGGAGAAGGGCGUCAAGCUGGGCUUCAUGUCAGCUUUCGCCAAGGCGUCGGCUAUGGCGCUCCAGGACGUGCCUGCUGCCAACGCUAGCAUCGAGGGUGCCGGUCUGGGUGACACGAUCGUCUACCGCGACUUUGUGGACCUGUCGGUCGCCGUCUCGACGGACAAGGGACUGGUGACGCCCGUGGUGCGCAACCUGGAGAGCAUGUCGCUGAUCGAGAUCGAGCAGGCGAUCGCCGAUCUGGGCAAGAAGGCGCGCGACAACAAGCUGACGCUCGAGGACAUGAGCGGCGGCACGUUCACCAUCAGCAACGGUGGUGUCUUUGGCUCGCUGUUCGGCACGCCCAUCCUGAACCUGCCCGGUUCGGCCAUCUUGGGCAUGCACGCCGUCAAGGACAAGGCGUGGGUGGUGAACGGCAAGGUGGAGAUCCGCCCCAUCAUGGUGGUUGCGCUGACGUACGACCACCGAUUGCUGGAUGGCCGUGAAGCCGUGACGUUCCUGGUCAAGCUGAAGCAGUACAUCGAGGACAUGCCGAGCAUGCUUCUUUAG